GGGAGGCUGCUCUGCUCUGCCCUGCCCUGCUUUCUCAAGACCCUCUGUUCUGUUCAAAGCCGGUUCGGCUGCUAGAUCUGCUAGAUUUGUGUCGUCGCUCACUUUCAGCAGCUCGCAUCUGAAACCAUGGCGGAAUUCCCUUCCAUGCCUAGGCACACUCACCGCACAUCACGCUGUAAUAAAUCGUGAGGUAAACCGACGUUGCUCCUCUGAAGUUGCCACAGCAUUCCAAGUGGCCGACUGACUGAUCUACAUACGGUGCUUCAACCCUCAUCACAGAAAUUCCAACUCCACCAAUCACCAAUUCACCACAGUAGUACCUUUCCCAAGUAAAAAUCCAUUGCUUUCACAUAUAAUUCUUGAUCCUGAAAUGUUUCUGCCACACCAUCCAUUCCACCCAUACUGUUGUUCUCUGCAUAUGAACAAUCAGGACAAAUUUAUCAGUUCAGUGCCGGGACAAGCUUUGCUUUCCUUUCGUGCCCUUUUGGGCUCUAUCUAUUCCCCGAACCAUGCCGCCUUUUGGACUUUGGCAAGGAAGUGUACUAGUACCCGUCGACGAACAUCAUAUCUAGCAGGUUAGUACGUACCAGAGAAAACAUUCCUCCUUCACAUCACAAGGAACAUUCUAUGGAUGGCUUCUUGGUGGGCUGCCUUCUGUGGUUUUCUGGACUUCCUCUUGCCCUGGAAUGUUUUGAUAUAGAAACUUCAUCUGUCACUUGACUUUUGCAACUAGUACUGUAAUUCUGUAAACUUGUGAAGAAAGGCUACUCGACCCAGUAACUCAAUCAUGUCAGACUGUGCCAGGAAUAGAUUCAAUGAGAAAGAAGACUUCCAAGUUGUUUUGGGCAAAGGAAAUCCUGGAGAGUCAUCUUGCCAGCAACAUACCAAGUGGAUGGCACACUGGACCAGAGCAAGCAGCAGUCCAUAUGGCAAGAGCUGUAGUCCUUUGGAGGAUGACAACAAUAGGACCUGCACAAAAGAUUCUGAAACUUCACCUUUUGAGCUUAGGAAAUCCACUGUGGCCGAAAGGCUAAUGUUGGGAAGAAACCAUGAAGGAAUUUCAAUGAAGAAUGUGCUGCGGUUAGACCCUAACAUGUGGGAUGUGGGGCAUGAUGCUUGGCAAGAAGCUGAACAAACCAAAACUGAAUGGCGAGAUGGGCAUUUUCAAAGCUGUAAGAUCCAGAUGCAGAAAGAUGAAAAUUUCUAUGCCAAGAGGGUAGUAUCAGAAACACUUUCCGUUUGCAGGCUUUCAGACCUACCAUUGGAUUUUCAGAAACUUGUGAGCUCAGAAGAGAACCCUGAUGAUUCACAUUGGAACCAGAUUCCUAUGUUGUCAUUCAAUAAGAAAGUUGAAACUAUACUCAGCCCAAAGCGGAAGUAUGCGACCGGUACUGUGUUCGAUGAUCUCUUUGUGCCACAACAAAUUCCGAAGCUAAACGUGGCUCCAUCUCGAAUGACUGACAUGGUCAUGGAUCAUUGCAAACCUUCACGGGGCAUCAAAUAUCUCCUAGAAGACCCUACCUGUCUCGUUUCUGAUCAUUCAGGGAAGAAACUAAAAGUAGACAGUAACUCAUCAUCAGAUUGUGGAAUGGAUGAGCAGGGUACAGGUCACUAUUUUGCAAACCCAAAUCAGGAGCCACUCGGCAGAUGUGGCGAAAAGCAGUUCAAUCUUUCAGAAAACAGUGACAAGGGCCAAACAGUUGGAGGUGCGCCUCAGAAUCACAAGUCAAGAACACCUACUAGACUCAGAAAACAUGAAGUUGCUGCAGGAGUCAUGCUUUCCGCGCCAGCACUUGGUAAAGAAUACGAGACCAUACCAAUCAAUUACUUUAUGAAGAGCAAGCAGGAUGAUGAGGACUUUUAUGUUGCAAGUCAUUCGAUAUCUGAUAAGCACCAUGAUCUGAAUACCCACAGAAUGGAAUAUGCAGCGAAUGUAACGGACUCCUGCAUGUUCCCUGAUCCAGCUGCAAGCAUACUGGCAAUGAAUAGUAAGGGUGGCGCGGUGACCCGUGAAAGACAACCGGUCGACAGAUUUACAGAUUCUGUUGAACAAAACGGUCCCUGUUUAUUUGAAAUGCUGUCAAUCCCUUCCAAAUCACAGAGUACGUACCCGAUAGAUUCGCUGUCUUCUUGCAGUCCUUUAUUUGGAGCCCAGAACCAAUUCUCACCUAAAGCUAAAACGAUGCGUGGAGAUUCACAACAUGUGUCAAAAUCCUCAGCAGGCACCGCUUCAUCGUUGAUGCAAAAGGACAAUGGCUGCGCAGAAAGAGCAAAUGAGCAGCUGGCAACUCUGUCCAUAGAAGGAUCGCCAAGAUACAACAAAGAAAACAUAUUUCGUAAUGUCAGUGUCAAUCACUCGAUGCCGGAAACAGAAAUCAUGGACUUGGACCCCCCGCUGUUCCAAAGCAGCACAAGAAAUCAAGUCCCCAGUGACACGGUUCGGUCGUCGGCGGGUGCCGAUCCAAGCGAGAAAUGGCUCAAGCGCCUGCUCCAUGACACCGCGGACCCUCAUGUCCACCGUUCCAAGAGGCCCAGAACCGGAGACUAUCUUCCGGUUGGAGGAGCAGGUGGAAUGUCCGGCACCGACAUCGCCGACCAUGUUGAGGCAAGGUGUGUUCGCUGCUGGAUAGGAAGGUUGUGCCGGGGUGGCGUCGCCCCUGUUCCGCACGGAGAACCAGGGCAGGGAACGAGAGCAGCAGCGGAGCCUGACGUCGCGGCCAGGGAACUUGGAGGCCAUUUCCCGAGCAUCAAGGCGAUGGCGAUGAUCGGGCGGAUGAUGAGCAAGGCCCGGCCAUUGGAUUAUCAGAGGAAGGGGCCUUGUGUUAUGUGGAAGGCAGAGGAAGGAGCCUGAGUGGCUGGCUAGCUUUUUAGUUCUUCUGUUUUGUGUGGUGUACUGGUGUAAUAUUUGCCGCUACAUGUCAUGUGGUUUGUUCUAAAGAAUGUAAAUAAAGUGUACAGUAUAUGUGUGUAAUGUCAGCUAUAGCUCGUCA